CGGCCGGAGCCAUCCGAGUGGGAAAUCUGUAGCGAUCGGCUCGCGGUUGCCAAAUCUGACGCCCCCAGCCGGGACCCGAGGGCGGUGAUGGCAAGCAAGGAUGCUGCCAGAAGUGCCCCCGCUACUGGGGCUGGAGGAGAUGUCAUUGCCCAGGCAGCUGGCGGGGACACAAGCCCUGGUACCUCAGGCAGGGAUCCGGCAGCUUUGGCUACUUUCUAGGGAGAAGAGAAUGAGCUGGUGUGCCAGGGUGAUGCCAGGGCAGUGUGUGCUCUGUUAGGGAUCCCUCCAGGUAAGGACUGUGAGCUGAGUAGUCCUUUGUGAAAGGAAGCCAGCAGUCUUGUUCCAGGGCUUGCAUAUUUCCCGUGUGUGACCUGCCUUGGGAAAGAUUACAUUUAUGAGAACAAAUGGAGAACCUGUGAUUUUGAGAUCUUCUUUCUAAGGAACUUCCUUCAAUGGAUAGAGAGCCUGUAUUUUACUCAGCUGUGUUUGUGACACUUAGGCAGUAUAAAGAAAACCAACAUCCCUGACCCUCUCCACAGGGAUGCUGCUUGGUGUGGUGCAUCCUCGAGGAGAAAUGCCUUUGGUCCCCUUCUCCUCAUAGCCCUCGGUGGAACAGAUUACAAGAAGGUCUGCAGAAGGAAGGGGUUUCUCACUUCAGUGGUGGUCUCUUGAAAGCCAGAACCACUGAAGCUUAUACUGAGUUUGAGGUAGCUCCAAACUCAUUCUGAGUGGACAUUCAGAGCAGCAGAGCUGGUUCCUGGAGAUUUUCCACUCCGCUUUUGGCAGGAAGUGAUAGCCCCAAAUGCCUUGACACAGUUUUACUUACAGGUAUGUUCAGUGUUUAGAAAAGGAACAGCACUUCAGCCAAAGUCCCCAUAAAUCAGACUAAUUUUCUGAGACAAAGGGAGGCUCUUAAUAUGAACAUUUAUCCUGUGUGUUUCAUAGCAUCAUUUUGGAAGUAGAUGUCAACCAUGUGCAAGCCCCAAUCCUUGCAGGAUAAGGCCUUCCUGCAUUUGGAGAGCACGCCCUGUGUAUCUGUAUGUGUACAUUCACAUGCAUACUUCCAAAGAAGAUCCUGCUCUUAAUGCUUUUGAGCAGAAGCACUACAUUUAAUGACAACAUUCUCCUGUGACAUUCCUUGAGUGACACAACGAGCAUCAUCACAAUAGUGAGCAAACAGUUUUUGCAGGACAGAACAGUAUCUUUUCAGUACAUUCCCUUCCAAGAGGAUACCAUCUUUUUCUUUGAAUCCUGAGCAACAGCAUUUCAUGCGACUCUGUUUCCCCAUGCACUUGGAAGAGGUGGCUUUUCCCCUGUAAUUUCCCACUCUGUUGACCCGUCUCAGUUGUUUGGCUACUGUGCCACAUUUGCAUUGUUCAGGGCCUCCAGCAGCCUCGUGGCAGCCUCCUGCAACUCUUCUUCCUUCACUGCCUUCCCAACAGACAACAGCAGCUUCAGUGUCUGCAGCGAGCUCUGCACCUGGCUGUCUAGCAGCCUGAGGAGGAGAUCCUCGAUGUCACUGUUGGGCAGCUGCUGGCCACUGGCUGUCGCCUCUGUGGCUUCUGGGCCAGCAGCCAGCAUGAAUCCCCCUCUCUUCUGGAGAAACCUAGAUUGUCUCAACUUGAUUGGGAGUGAGAGCUGGAGAGGAGGGCUGAGGUGGUCCUCAAAGGAUCAUUUUCUUGAAGAUAAGUCCUGCAAAGUCUCCUUUUUGGCAAGUGGCUUCAGGUGCCAUCUGAAGCUAAUCAGCUUGGUGUGAGUGGCCCCUGGAAGGUGGGCUGGCCCUGGCUCUCUCCUCUCUUCCCUGCCUUUUAGCCUCGUUUCCCAUUUCCUCAUUUUCAGGGCUCUCCCUUUUACCUGUUACUUGCCCAGGGCACACCUAAUCUCCAGGAAAUAGCUAAAUAACUCACCUUAAGAAAAUACUUUUUCUUAAUACAGCGGUAAAAAGAAAAGGUGCAGAAGUUGGGGAAGAAAGGAUGUCCUGGCAUUUCGGAACAUACGGGUCCUAGAAAGAGACAAAUAAAGAGACAAAUCUAGUGAUAAACUUCAGUGCUGGCAUCUUGCCAGCCCUUAGCAAUGGCCUCGCUGUCGAGUGACAUCCCUGCAUGAAAACCCCUGUGUCAUUUGGGCAUCCUCUGAACCUUGUGAGAAAUUCAGUGGUUUCUUGGUCAUCUCCAUGACCCAGGGUGUGAGAGGAGGCUGGUCCUAGGGUCAUGUGUGGAUGCAAUCAGGUGUGAGAGAGGAUGUGCAUGAGCACAUGCCUUGUCUUCUCUGCAGGAUUGCUUCCCACCUCUCUCCCUCACCACCUCCUGAGUCUAUUCUCUCCCAGUGAUCAGGUCCCAUGCCGGCCAGGUGGGACCCCCAUCCAGCCACCCUGCUAUUGGGAAUCGCAGUUGGCUUUACCUUGAGGGAUGACUCCAUGGUUUUCAUACUUGUCCAGUGUCUGGACCAGUGAGUUCUGGCAGCCGUACAGCUCACGGAGAUGGCAGGCAGUGCUGGCUUGGAGGGUGAUCCGGAGGAACUUGAAGAACUGGCGGUACUCCUGGUUGGAGAGUGGCGUUCCUGCCUGCUGUGCCUUCGUCCCCUGAGGACCAACUAUGCAGACCCAACCCAAGAGCACUGGUGAAAAAUAAAGUGCAGGGAGUCACAGGGAGAAGGAAGCGCUAAUCACGCCACAUUCAGAAGAGCUGGAGGGCUGAAUCCAGAUCUCUGUUGCCUUUUCUGGGUGCAGGAUCCAGCAUGUGGGAAAUGCAGUAACAGACUACAGAUGGUGGGUCCAGACCUGGGGAAAACCUGCUCCAUCCAUGUUGAAAGGGGUGUGGUAUUUUGGGGACAGUACUUGGCUGAGGGGCCUUCACCAUAGCUCUGGAGAUUCAAAUCUUGAACUGGGAGAAAUCUCUUGGAAGUCAUGGCUUAAACUGGGAAUAUUGCUAUGCUGUCGGGGCUGGAGCAAGGAGACUGUUCUAUUUCAAGAUUUUUAGCCUCUGCAAAUGUUCUUCCUCUGGCUAAGUAGGUCUUUAACCAAAAUCCUCUCUCAGACCUCUUUCUCCUGCCUCCUCUGUUGCUUCACUGGGCCAGCUCUUUCCUCCUGGCCAAGUCUAGAUCUCUGUGCUUCUGUCUCCUUUAAUGCACCCAAGUGUCCCUGUCUCCAGUCUCCACCUCUGCUCCAGCCUGUGCCUACCCAUCCAGCUCUGACUGCUCCCCAGCUCCUAGGUCACUACCAGUACCAGUGGAUGAAAACUGGCAAAACUGUAAGCCUUGGGAUCUUUGCACCAGAGGUGUUGGAGGGUGUUCCCCUCCCUUCCUUUUGCCUCCAAAGUGCCCAAGCUGAGGAGCGAUGGGGAGGGGUGCAGAGCAGCCACUUCAGCUGCCCUUCCUCACAGCAGGGCUUGGAGGAGAGAUGUUUCCUACUCACCAGACAAAACCAGGUAAGCCCUCAUAGCCGACAUCGAGCUGUGAGCAGGGCCUGCGACAGGCAGGGCCGACAGUCGGGGCCCAGUGUGCUGUCAGAGGUGUCACCUCCACUUCUUCACUGGUGAUGUCAUAGCCAGCUGCAUUCCCAACACUCCAUCCUCUGUUGCUCCCGCUUCCUCCCUCCUUGCCUCCCUGAUGCCUCCCUCCCCCUGUUUCCCCCUGACAGGCUGAGUGUGGUCACAUUGGUAUUUGUGCACAAACUCCUGCUUACUGCCAGCUCUUUGAAAGUCCAUCUGGAAGGAGGCCAUUUUGAUGGAGCACAGGACAAAAAAUUCUGCCUUCGGACUGCUCCUGUCAAUAAAUGUGUGAGCUGAUCAAAAUCUUGUCUUUUGCCCAGAUCUGUGCGUGCUUGGCUGAUCCACUGAGAGCAACUGAGCGAGGUACUCCUUCAGUGAAGGCAAUAAACAGGGUUCCAGACAGAGGCAAAAAGCAGCCUGGUUGUGAAGGUGGCAUUUUUACUCCAUCUGCAGAACGGAACUGCAUUACCUACAUUAUAUUCUCCUUUAGUUCACUGGGAAGAAAGGUGAUGGGGAGAACAGGGUUUGAAGAAUCAAUAUUUUUCUUAUACAAAACUUGUAAGGAGGCAUUUUUGGUCUGGGAGUGCAGCAGGAGGAACAUCCAGACACUUGAGAGAAGGCAGCAAGCUGGCAGGCAGCUCUCAGUGUGUGUAGUUGACCUGUCUGUGCCACAUGAGAUGGCCCUGGUUAUCAGACCUGAACAGAGGUGUCACAGUGUGCAUGGCAGGACAGAAAGUGACCCUGACUCAUGUUUCUGGGUGUCAUUUUCCUAUAGUCUAUGUUGCUUCCAGCUCUUAAACACUUACCCUCCUGAAAUCUCAUUCUACAGCACUGCUACUAUGAUGGGUAUUUAUUAUGUCUGGUUUCUUUCCUCUGAUCAGGACCUGCAGUCCCCAGGUUGGCUUUAACCUUUCAGAUGGAGUGAAGAGAAACAACCUUUUGGUCAAAAGCAACUAAAUACGAGGACAGUAGAGAGACUGCUCACAAGGUGACAGGACCAUGGGUGACAUGCAGAACGGCAGCCUUCAUCAGGAAAGUCCUGUGAGAGCUGAAUUGCGUCUGUGUUCCCCCAGGAAGCUCACAGGAGAUACCUUGCAGGACACCAAUCAAAGACAAGACUGCAAGCAGAAGCUGGAGAUGGAAAGUGAGACGGAGGCAUCUUUUGCAAAGAGACAGGGAAUGGUAACUCCCUACGGGAUGGAAAUCUGGGAGUGUGAGGACAGCGGUAGAGGCCACAUCAGCAAGGUUAUCCUUGCUGGGGACAAGCCUGGCCCACCCAUGUGUGGGAAUGGUGCCAUUUGGAUUCAGCAGGUGGGAGAGAAAACCUAUGAGUGUCGCGAAUGUGGGAAGAGCUUCAGCCGGAGUUCUUACCUGAGCCAACACCAGAGGAUCCACCUGGCAGAGAAACCCUUCAGCUGCUCCGAAUGUGGGAAGAGUUUCACCCGCAACUCGGACCUGAUCAAACAUCAGCGGAUCCACACCGGCGAGAAGCCCUACCAGUGCAACGAGUGCGAGAAGACCUUCAGCCAGAGGUCCAACGUGAUCAGGCACCAGCGGACCCACACGGGAGAGAGGCACUACCUGUGCAACGAGUGCGGGAAGAGCUUCAGCCAGAAUUCACAUCUCAUCGUCCACCAGCGCAGCCACAAGGGUGAGAAACCCUUUAAUUGCCUCCGGUGUGAGAAAAGCUUCAGUGACCGUUCCUCCCUGAUCAUACACCGGAGAGUCCACACGGGAGAGAAGCCCCACAAAUGCCAAGACUGCGGGAAGUGUUUCCGGGACAGCUCAGCCAUCAUUCGGCAUCAGAGGAUUCACACGGGAGAGAAGCCAUACGAGUGCACCGAGUGUGGGAAAACCUUCCGGCAGAGCUCCUCACUGGUGACCCACACACGGACGCACACGGGCGAGAAGCCCUACAAGUGCCCUGUGUGCGGGAAGGGCUUCAGCCAGAGCUCGGCGCUCACCACUCACCGCCGGAUCCACGGCGGAAAGGCCCUGCCCAUGUACCACCACCUGCCUAACCCCUACCAGUGCACCGAGUGCGGCCGGAGGUGCAGCGACCACUCCACCCUGGCCAAGCACCAGAGCACACACGCUGAGGAGCGGCCCUUCAUCUGCGUGGAAUGCGGGGACAGCUUCCAGCGGAGCUCGGCUCUCAACGUCCACCUGCGGAUCCACCGUGGGGAGAGACCCUACAAGUGCGAGGAGUGCGGAAAAACGUUCAGGCACAGCUCUGCCCUCGGUGCCCACCUGAGGAUCCACGCAGGAACCAAGCCCUACGAGUGCGGCGAGUGCGGGAAAAGCUUCCGGAAAAGCUCAACGCUUAAAGUGCAUUUGAGAAUCCAUGCGGCCAAGACACCCUAUAAAAGUGUGGUGGGUAGAAGGGUGUUCGCUUUCCGCUCGCUUCUGCCAUAAGCCUGGAGUGGGUGUUCAGAGCAGGAUACUAAAGUAGUGUUGGGGGUACCUUAAAAAGGUGGGUAAUGAGAACCACGGUGUGAAGAGACUGGAGAAACAGUAUCUCUGGUGUUAGGGUGGGGUGCUAAACCCCAGUGUCACAAAAACCAUGAAGAGGUCUGGAAACAGGGAGUUAGUCCUAACAGCUGAGUCCUGGUGGUUUAGGAAGAGUGUGAGGAAUGAGCACCAGCUUCAGGGUAAAUCAGGGGCUGAGAAUACGUGGUAGGAUAACAGCUGGGAGAACUGAGCUUGUAAAAUACAACAAAAGUGAAGAUAAUAAUAAAAUGUUUCAGGUUGGUUCUGGCUCAAAACUUUAGCUUGUUAGACACUGUAGUAGUCUUAGGAACUGAACUCUUAUUUUUCAUGAAUAUAGUAAGUUUACCCUUGUUUGACAAGUUUAUCCGUGUUUGACAAGGCAUUUUCAAAUCUUUUGAGUCUGAGACUUUGGAGCUGAACUUCAGUCUAUUUUGUCUUUUCCAAAUUUUAUGUGGGACAAUGAGUUCCUACCUCAUGACAGGUGAGUAUGUACCCAGAAAACGUGGAUGUGGAAGCAUUUCCAGUUGAAAAGCAGCCCAUUAAUAGUCUGUGACAGCUUCUCCCAGAUUUCUUGUUGCUGAUUUGAAACUCCUUUCACCUUGGGACAUCAGUGAAACAUGGAAAAAAUGUGGCCUUAUUUUAUUUAACCAAAAAACAGGAUUUUCCCCCUAGAUGUCCUAGUCUGAAAUGUUACGUGGCUGAGUUCUUACUGCUGGUCCAGAGACUGACUGCAGUUCUGUAGUCCUUUUUAUGCUACUCUUCUUUAGCUCACCGUUGUUUGAAAAUUAUUAACAUAUAAAGUUCAGCAUCUAACAGUUAGGAACGAUUGUAUUUGCAUUUAUUACUAUGCCAGCGACUGUGUAUUACAUAAACCUAUAUUGCAAUGUUUUGUUACUACGUGUUUCCAUCCGAAAUAAAACUUUUUUUUUUUUUCUU